AAAACAGCUUCUGUUUUUUUAACCAGUAAAUAGUUACUUAAAAUCAUUAUCCAAUACAAAAAGUGAUGAAAAUCCUUCGUUGGGUGUGAUUUAAAAAGUAGCUAUUGCUUCCCCAUCUGUGAUCCAUCAGUGAUGAUGUCAUGACUGUUACUGAAUCAGUUACUGAAUCAGUUACUUGUGAGCAGCCGUUAUCUAGUUCAGUUGUCAGUCGGACAGGGAGAGAAGAAACAUGUCGUCCAGCUUUUUCCUCAUUUUUACCUUAUUUUUUGUAUUUUCACUAACAAGAGCAUUUCCCAUCAAAACACUAAAAGCAGAAUCUGAAGUUUAUGUGAUAACUGAGCCCUGUGUAUUUGAUCUUCAGGCCACUUGUGUAAUUGCUGAAACAAAGCAAUUCCUACAGGAGAUAUUAAUCAUCUUUAUAGUGAGCGGACUCCUGGGACUACCGGCAUUUGUAUUCUAUUGUGUCUGGAAAAUCAUUAAGAAGCACAAGAAAGAAGAGGAUGUGGAGAAACAAGAAAACUCUAAUGUUUUAUCUACAGAAAUAAACACAGAAAUAGUUAAAGCCGAGGAAGCGCAACCUCACGUGAAUUUGAUCUGUGAAGAGCCGGAGCAGAAAUCUAUUGAGCUAAAGAAUGAAAUAGUUAAAGCUGAGGAAGCGCAACCUCACGUGAAUGUGAUCUGUGAAGAGCCGGAGCAGAAAUCUAUUGAGCCAAAGAAUGAAAAGUUAAUUGAGAACUUCAAAAAAGAAAAGAGGAAAUAUUUUCCUUUUCGUAGAAAAAAAGAAAAAAGAGUAAAUGAAAAGAAAAACAAAAAGGUAAAGAAAAGAGCAAAGUGGUAAAGAAAUGAAUGGAAAUGAUCGUCCCAGAUGCAGAAAUAUGAGCUUUUCAGAUGUCGCUACUUGUGCCUGUGAUCCAGAUCCAAUUGAGUUGAGACUGUGAUAUUCUCCAAUUGCUGCAAAAAUAAAUAAAUAAAUAAAUAAAUAAGAUGUAAUAUCUUAAUAAAUUA